AUGUCUGGUCGCGCAGGUGGUAAGCUCAAGCCUUUGAAGGCAAGUUUUCUGUUCAGUACGGCCCCAAAGAAAGACAAAAAGGAGGAGACCGAUGAGGAGAAGGCCUUCAAAGAGAAACAGAAACAAGAAGCCGCAGCUCUGAAGAAUGCGAGGGACAAAGCUCUAAAGGGAGGCCCAUUGGGAACCGGGAACUCUGGCAUCAAGAAGUCGGGGAAGAAGUAA